CCCAAUUUCCCAUGACAUCGUUGAAACGAGAAGGCAAUUGUGUAACAAAAAAAAAAAAACUUAUGUUUAAGUAAAUUUAGGAUAAACGGAAUGAGACAUUUUUCAACUUUAAAGACAGAGUCUACGAAUAGACGCCGGCCGACUUUAGCAUAAACCAAGUGAGACAUCCUUCAAUAUUUUUCUCUUUCUCCGUGUAGUUUCAGCGUUUAUGUAUUUGACAAAAACGGCACGACGUCUCUUUUUUUUUCUCUUCCAAAUUUGUGUGCUGUUAAACAUAACCGAUCUCUCUGUUUCUAUACUCUGUUUUUUCCUCUUUCUCUCUCUCUCAUUCUGCUUCUUUUUUCCCUUAUCUGUUUCUGUUUCUGUUUCAUCUUUAGCUUUGUGUCUGAGAAAGCAGAAGAGAAAGCUAAAUACUUGUUUGGAUUUGCGCAAUGCUUUUCCUUGGAUAAAACUCGGAGGAAUAGUAUUCCUUCAUGACUAUCCAAACAUGCUCCAAUUAUUUUCCUGGGUUCUUGUCUUUAUUUGGCAUCAUUCUGUAACCUAAUCGCAAUGUUGCUUCUUGAAAAAGGGCUGACUUUAUUUUUGGUCAACGAAAGCUAAAAGAUUCUAAAGGUACGGUUUUUGAUUCAAUGGGUUCUGCAAAAUGUCAAAUUCUUUGAUAUUGUACAAAAAUCUGAUACUUGAUCUUGAUUCUGUUGUCUAAACUCUCAUGUCAUGUCAUUGUUUUAUUGAUUUACAUCCACAUUUUGAAAAUAAUUUUACUUCGGGUUCUGAAAUGUUUUUGCAGGUGAAAGAAAUUUAAAGGGUUUAGUGUUCAAAAAAAAAGAAAAAAAAUUUAAAGGGUUUUAUAUAGUUGAGAUGGCGACUUUAUCAGAUAUUGGAGUAGCGGCUGCAAUAAACAUUCUAAGUGCUUUGAUAUUCCUUUUGCUAUUUGCAAUCUUGAGGAUCCAACCAAUCAACGAUAGGGUUUAUUUCCCUAAAUGGUACUUAAAAGGUCUUAGGAGCAGCCCGGUUACUUCGGGUGCUUUUGUGACCAAAGUUGCGAAUUUUGAUUUCGGAUCUUACAUACGGUUCUUAAACUGGAUCCCCGCGGCGCUCAAGAUGCCAGAAGCUGAACUUAUUGAUCAUGCUGGUUUGGAUUCUGCCGUCUACUUGAGGAUUUACUUGAUUGGACUUAAGAUCUUUGUUCCGAUCGCAUUACUUUCAUGGUCAAUUCUGGUACCUGUCAAUUGGACUAGUGAUGGACUGCAGCUAGCACAACUACGUAAUGUAACAUCGAGCGAUAUCGAUAAGCUUUCGAUUUCAAAUGUCAUAUAUGGAUCAGACAGGUUUUGGGCGCAUCUUGUGAUGGAAUACGCAUUCACAUUCUGGACUUGUUAUGUUCUUAUGAAUGAAUAUGAGAAAAUAGCUUCAAUGCGGUUAGCAUUUCUCCAAUCCGAAAAGCGACGUGCUGAUCAAUUCACCGUUCUGGUUAGGGACGUACCACCGGACUCACACGAGUCAAUUAGCGAAAAUGUGGAGCAUUUCUUUAUGGUUAACCACCCGGAUCAUUAUCUUACAAAUCAGGUGGUUUACAAUGCAAAUGAAUUGGCUGGCUUAGUAGAAGAGAAGAAGAAAAUGCAGAACUGGUUUGAUUACUACCAACUGAAGUAUACAAGAAACAAGGAACACAGGCCAAGAGUAAAGUUGGGGUUUCUUGGUCUAUGGGGAAAGAAAGUAGAUGCAAUGGAUCAUUAUACAGCUGAGAUCGAGAAGCUAAGCGAGCAGAUAAUGGCAGAAAGGAAGAGAGUAAAGAAAGACGAAAAUGGUGUAAUCCCAGCAGCUUUUGUCUCUUUUAAAACACGUUGGGGCGCUGCGGUUUGCGCACAGACCCAACAGACAAAGAAUCCAACCGAGUGGUUAACCGAAUGGGCUCCCGAGGCAAGAGAAGUGUAUUGGCCAAACCUUGCCACGCCUUACGUGUCUCUCACGGUGAGGAGAUUUGUAAUGCACGUUGCCUUCUUCUUCCUCACUUUUUUCUUCAUCAUCCCAAUCGCAUUUGUGCAAUCCCUUGCGAGCAUCGAAGGUAUCCAAAAAUCCGCUCCGUUCCUCAAUACCAUCAUAGAAAAGAAGUUUAUUAAAUCGGUGAUCCAAGGGUUUCUUCCCGGUAUUGUCUUGAAGCUCUUUCUGAUAUUUCUGCCGACGAUCUUGAUGAUCAUGUCGAAAUUCGAAGGUUUUGUUUCAAUAUCAUCAUUAGAGAGAAGAGCCGCUUUCAGAUAUUAUCUAUUCAACCUUGUGAGUUUCCUCGGUAGCAUAAUCACCGGAUCUGCAUUUGAACAGCUAGAUUCUUUCCUUAAACAAUCCGCUGAUCAGAUUCCACGGACGGUUGGGGUAGCCAUUCCAAUAAAGGCAACGUUCUUUAUAACGUAUAUAAUGGUUGAUGGUUGGGCCGGUGUGGCUGGAGAGAUUCUUAGGUUGAAACCGUUUGUCAUUUUCCAUUUGAAGAACUUCUUCUUGGUGAAAACUGAAAAAGAUAGAGAAGAAGCAAUGGAUCCGGGACAGAUUGAUUUUUAUGCAACGGAGCCUCGGAUUCAACUCUACUUCCUCCUUGGUCUUGUCUAUGCUCCAGUCACACCCGUUCUACUUCCGUUCAUCAUCUUCUUCUUUGGUUUCGCUUACCUCAUCUUCCGUCAUCAGAUCAUAAAUGUGUAUAAUCAAGAGUAUGAGAGCGCGGCUGCGUACUGGCCGGACGUCCAUGGACGUAUAAUAUCAGCAUUGAUCAUCUCUCAAAUCCUUUUGAUUGGAUUAAUGAGCACAAAAGGAAAAGCUCAGUCCACGCCUUUUCUUGUCAUUCUACCCAUUCUCACCAUCGGUUUUCACCGGUUCUGCAAAGGCCGGUAUGAAUCUGCAUUCGUCGUUAACCCUUUGCAGGAAUCUAUGAUUAAGGAUACGUUGGAACGCGCAAGAGAGCCCAACUUGAAUCUUAAAGGGUUUCUUCAAAACGCAUAUAUUCAUCCAGUUUUUAAAGACGAAGAAUGCGAAGAUGACCAGUAUGAGGAACUUAACGAGGAUUCGGAUGACGAAAAUUGUGUAGUUGUACCUACCAAGCGUCAGUCUCGAAGAACCACCGCUAGCAGCAGCAAUCCGAAUGGUGGUUCGUCACAACCCCUGUCUUGUAAUCAACCUGACACUGGUAAAGGAAAACCGGAGCCUUGAUGUUCAAUGAGUAAAUCAUUAUAACGUUUUGGUUGUAUAUUCAGUACUAAAAGAAACAUAAUUGAUGCAUAUAUAUCAUUUUGUUUGGAUUUUUGUGAACAGUUUUGUAUAUUUCAAUGCUUGUCAUUCUGUUGUAUGAGUUUGUUGUCACUAUUCUAUUACACGAUUGUAUAAAAAAAAGAGAAAUUCUUACCUCUA